CAUGCAGCUGCGAUCCCAUGGGCUCGGUCCGAGAUGACUGCGAACAGAUGUCGGGUCUGUGCUCCUGCAAGACGGGCGUGAGGGGCAUGAAGUGCAACGUCUGCCCAGAUGGAAGCAAGAUGGGCAUGAAUGGCUGUGACAACGGACCUAAUGCCCCCAAAUCAUGUAAAGACUUGACUUGCAGUUUUGGAGCUACUUGCAUUGAAGUGAACGGCCAAGCCCAUUGUGAGUGCCCAUUACCCGACUGCGACAUAAAAAACAAAUCCAAGGUGUGCGGCUCAGAUGGGGUGACCUACGCCGAUCAGUGUCAGCUGAGGACCAUAGCCUGUAGGCAGGACAAGGACAUUACAGUGAAACACUAUGGACAGUGCACAGCUGGACAACAAGCUGAACUGGACUGCAAAUAUGGACACUGUGUACAAGAAGGGGCGGAGCAGAAUGUACUUUCUCAGAAGAAUGGUGACAACGAUCAUCCAAACUGUGUGGGCAUCGAAGGAGUUCUGGAGGCUUAUUUCCAGAGCCUGAGGACGGUGCAGCUCUACGGACCAACCAACUUUGCACCUGUCAUCAACAAAGUAGCAAAGUAA